CGCAAUCCCUCCAUUUCUCGCAAAAAAACAAUUCCGUGUUGCUUGCUACGGCUCCCCGCCUCCUUCCUUGUCACGCUUUUCGUUUCUCGUCUGUCUGCCUUUCAUCAUCAUCACCAGCAGCAGCAGCAGCAGCAGCAGUAGCACCUCGCUUCGGCCUCGCCAUCAUCGCCAACCUGCUAGCAGCCCGUGUCCUGCAGCGAGCCGUCUUCAACAACAAUCGACCCAGAUCGCCCUUAGAUCUCCUUUCGUCUUGUCCCCCGCCUCGCCUUCCUUGAGCAACCGACAAGACAGCCACAGCGUUUUGUCACAGCGGUAGUCUUCCUCACUUCCGCUUGGUCAUCGUUGAUUCGAUCCGCUUCCUACAUACGCCUGGUAUUCGCGGAAUGAGGUAGCUCCUGUCGAUGCACUCAGCUCCCUGACCGGACUGGGGGGGCCAUCGUCUCCGUGCAAGUCGUCUGUCGUGACUCGUCUCGGCAGCAUUGACUUGCUCCUAUCCAUCAGAUGCCUUUCGGCUCCAGCAAAAAGGCUGCGUCACGCCCGGCAAACUCCUCUCCUACUCGCCCCUCGCCUCUCUCUUCGAACCCCCUCCAAGAAUCAACAUCGACCAACUCGAGACGGCUGUCCCACGCACCAAUGCUCAGCGCAUCAUCUACCGCUGGCCACACGUUCUUCUCCGGUGAAGGGGACACCGCCAAAAUGAAGAACGGCCAGAAACCGGGCACGCUCGACUUUUUGCCCUCAGUCAGCUUCGAUGACUUGCACGCUAGCAUCGAGUCUGCAUCGACAGACUUCAAACUCGACCAAUUUCCAUCACCAACGGGCGACGGCAACAUCCUUGAUCGUCAAAUGGCGGAGAAGGAAAAGGCACAUAAUACACAUGCCCGAAACACCAGCGCCACAAAGGGCAGCAUUCCGACAUCAUCAUCCAGACAAGGUCGUACAGGCUCCAUCCUGCGUCGACCUAGCACGUCCAGUCGUCAGCCUAGUACCUCCUCGAUAGCGUCAACAUGGUCCGGCACCGUCGACGCCCCUACAGCUGCUUCAACUAACGCUUCUCGCGCUCGUCGACAAAGCCACUACCCCCCCGUUUCAAAUAUCGCCACAGUCAAGCAGCCUCGCAAAUCCAUCGGACCCGGUGUGCUUGCAGACCCAACAGAUGUGGCUGCUACUGCCGCUGCCGUUGCUACUCGGACUACCCAGCGACGACGCGCCAGCAUCAUCUCAGACCAUGCCGCUGGCACCGACUCCGUUCGAGCUUCUGUCGAUGGCGCCGAUUCAGCUCGCGGCUUGAGCAGUAACUCUAGAACAGUAAAAGCCAAGUCAGUACAACCGCCGCCUCGGUCAGCGCAACCUGGCAUGAUCCCGGGCUUUGGCACCGUGCUCGCAUCGGAAUCGAGCCGUCUAUCAUUGGCCUCGCGUUCGCCGCGCCUUUCCAGUAAAACGUCUACCCCAUCUUCGGCCUCGAAGCGUGCCUCUAUGAUGCCAGGCAGCACACACGCAAGCGGUCUGGGAGCCAGAACGAUUAGUCCCACAGACACCCGCCGAAUGAAACGCCUUUCCAUGAUGCCACAAACCCAGACUCUCGAUCAAGUCCUCAGUGUACCGAUGCCCGUCGCUUUACCUGACGGCCAGUCUCCUGGAUCUGGUACCUCUCCGUUACCGCCCGCCAAAACAUCUGGCCCAGCCUCCGGUAUAACAACGCCUGAACCGAACCGCAGGGCCCCGAGCUCAAACAAUAUCGGCAGUACGUCGAACGUCCGCCAGUCUCUGGGUGUUACUCCGCGGCUACCGUCCUCUGUGUCCACCCCUGUGAUGCGCUUGCCGUCACCCAAGGCCAAUGGUAUGCACAAGCCAACAAAUUCGUCUGAUGAAGAGGACGUACCGCCGGUCCCAGCUAUUCCUAAAGCCUAUGAAUCUCCCAAGGAUGUCUCUCUUGAGACAUACUUUGUCGAUAAGAAAAAGUCUAUUAUAUCAACCGACUCAACGAGUUUGAAGAGCACGUCCAGCAGCACAAACCUACCCACUCAAACUGAGGCUCCAAAAGUUAAACGAAACACGAGCAUCCGCAAAAGUUCUUAUGUUCCCACUCGUGCAGGUGAAAAUGACCUAGGGCAAACCAAGAAGCAGCUGGUGCCUCUCACCCUGCCACCUUUAAAUCUCGGACCCCUAACGAUACCGACGACUGUCAAGUCCAACCACACACGAGACGAUCUGUCAAGCUCCAAGCCUAUUCGCGUACCGAAAACACCGACAACACCGAUGACCGCGUCCAAGAGCACGUUCUUCUCGCAAACGCGAUAUGAUGACAUUAUCCAGCUCCCCUCGCUUCGAAGCAGCAGCACCGUGCACCAACCUGCUGAGCUUGAUGACACGCCUGAUAAUAGUUCCUCAGACUCGUCUUCGUUCAAGGAGCCUGAAAAGCUCAGCAUGUCGCCGUUCCUCUCAUCAUCACUUCCUAAGGGUGGGUUUGAUCAUGAAGGGCUAAAGCGCUCCAAAACUGGUGGCGAUCUGGCUACUAUUACCGUUCCUGUAUUUGACGAACAAGAAUACAAGAAGCCGCAAGGACCACGACCGCCUGUCCAGAAUAUCAAGAUUCCAAAAUCGCCACCACCAAUUCCCACAACUGACGAACCGUCUACGCCCUCAUCUAUUAGUUCUCUUCGACGCAAGCUUAGCAUGUCCUGGAAGCGCUCCAGCUCCAAAAGUGGUCCGACAAGUGCCACUGAACCCACGAACGGCAAGUCGACAACACAGGCAAACAACAAGUAUGAUGGCAUGCCACCGCCCCGCAUUCCCAUUUCUUCCACUACCAACAACCUGCCUAGCCUCAAGCCUAGAAGCCCUGUUUCUGGAUCGGGCAGCAAUAACGGCCUCACAAACUCUUCACGAAGACGCAAGAGCUCGGCUUCUAGCCUAAACAACUUGAUUGCGACCUCUACAAAUGACGGCUGGAUUGGCAACAAGGACAAGGAUGCAGCCGAGACAACGUCGCGACUACCCGAGCCCAAGAUGGUGAAGCCAAAGACAUCCGCGGCACCCGUCUACCGCGCCGUGCCCUACACAGCCGAGCUAGACAAGGAAGACAUGGCAGCAAACGAAGAGAUGCGGAAAAUGGGAUCUCGACGCAAGGAGACCGAUAUUGCUGCUCGAACACUGGAUGCACUUCGCAAGCGAGCCACACCCAAAGAGCGGGUUGGUCCGCAAGAGGCUAUCCGAAUUGCCAUGCUCAACAUUUACGAACGGGGCGAAAUUAUCGACUACAACGACAUUUACUUUUGCGGUACCCAGAGCGCCCGCAAGGUGAUUGGCAACCUGCAGUCUGAUGCACCCAACUUUGGAUACGAUGACGAGCGUGGCGACUAUGCUAUUGUCCCGGGCGACCAUCUCGCAUAUCGCUAUGAAAUUGUAGACGUCCUUGGCAAAGGUAGCUUCGGCCAAGUCGUCCGUUGCAUUGAUCACAAGCAUGGCGUGUUGGUCGCAGUCAAGAUUAUCCGCAACAAGAAGCGCUUCCACCAGCAGGCGUUGGUGGAAGUCAACAUUUUACAAAAGCUUCGCGAAUGGGACCCCAAGGACAAGCACAGCAUGGUAAGCUUUACGCAAAGCUUUUACUUCCGUGGCCAUCUCUGCAUUUCGACGGAAUUGCUCGACAUGAACCUGUACGAAUUUAUCAAGGCGCACUCCUUCCGCGGCUUCUCCCUCCGCAUCAUUCGACGAUUUACAAAACAAAUCUUGAGUUCUCUGAUUCUGCUCAAACAGAAGAAGGUUAUUCACUGUGAUUUGAAGCCGGAGAACAUAUUAUUGAGGCAUCCGCUCAACUCGGAAAUCAAGGUCAUUGACUUUGGAUCAAGCUGCUUCGAGAACGAAAAGGUCUAUACGUAUAUCCAGUCCCGAUUCUACCGCUCUCCCGAGGUCAUUCUGGGCAUGACAUAUGGCCUACCUAUUGAUAUGUGGAGUGUCGGCUGUAUUCUUGCUGAACUCUUUACCGGCGUCCCUAUUUUCCCCGGAGAAAACGAACAGGAACAGCUAGCAUGUAUCAUGGAAGUAUUUGGACCGCCCGAGAAGCACCUCAUUGAAAAGAGCACACGUCGCAAGCUCUUCUUCGAUUCUAUGGGCAAACCACGCCUUACAGUGUCCUCCAAGGGCCGUCGACGUCGUCCGUCAUCCAAGACGCUCCAGCAAGUCCUGAAGUGUGACGACGAAGCCUUCCUCGACUUCUUGGCCAAGUGCCUGCGAUGGGACCCUGAUCGCCGUUUACGACCAGAAGACGCCGUGCGCCACGAAUUCAUUACUGGGCACAAGAUGCCGCCACCGCCGUCGCGACUUCGUGACCCAUCGCCGGCUAAACGAAUCGGGCCACUUUCGCUGGCUCGACCCCUCCCCGAUCCGCCAGCAAACAAGGCCGCCGGUUCGUUGAGAAGCAGCCCCCAGAAGCACAUGUCUCUGGCCAUGCCAUCGUCUAGGCGCGUAUCUGGCGUGACCGCAGCCACCACUGCUAGCAUCAACCGGCGAACAAGUGCCGGGCCGGGCCUGACGCUCUCAUCGAGCGGGCUUCCUCGUGUGGCAGCACGAUCAGCAAGUGGCCGCCCCGAUUUAGCGACUGCGGGUGCAUCAGCGGCCAUGACUCGCCGAUAGUUCAACGACAGUCGAGCCCCUAUAAUGAUUCAAUGGCAGUCGAAUCUUUAUAACUACAGUAUACAAUGAAUGGCGCAGUACAAGCUGCGGUGUGGCGGUCGCCUAAACGUUUUUUCUUGCCAAACUAUCUGUAUCCAAGCCAAUGCAUAGCGAGCCUUUCUGUCUUCAGACCAUACAAUUUUCAACAUUAACAGCAACAAAAGAAGACACAUACAAUAAGGAGGAAGAGUGUGAGGAGGAAAUAAUACCUGUGGAAACGUUGGGAGGAAAAAAGCAACAUGGAUUUGUGGAAUAGAGCAUGUUGGUAUACACUUGGCCAUCCGGCCUUCAUACUACGUAUUGAACGAUUGCAUCAUGAUGAUUAUUAUGUUUUUGUUUUUUUCUAGUUGCAUUGCUUCUCACUUGUCUUUCGCUCUCCCAUUCAUAUACCUAGUGUCGUUUUUGUCAGUUUGCAUAUAUACCAAAUUCAUGGCUGGGCGACAAUUCUCUUGACUUUUCUUUUUACGUGGGAAGCGCCGGAACACGAGGAGGAGGAGAUAUGGGACCGACGGCCAGCACACACUCUCUCACACGACGCGACGAUUGGCGGGUUUACUAAGAAAAAAGAAGAAGCUCAUAGAAUAGAAACAUGGAAUUUCCGUACUACAUUACUUUGUUGGCAGAGCAGUGACGUGUUAAAGCAUAGCCUGGAGCUCGUUUGCAUCGCAUCGUUCACAUUUCAGUCAGUCAGCAUGUGUGUGUCUGCGUGGUCUCGAGCGUCUUGGCGAAGCAGCACGGAGCCAACUGAGCAGUUAGCCUCGCCUCGCCUUGGCCGGUGUAGUGUAGUGUAGCCUAGGCGCUAGCCUCUAUGACUUAUGACUCUAUUCUUGUACGCGAUGCCUGCCUGCCUCAACGGCUGAAGCCCUAUCCCUUGACCGAUGACUGCAUUCAGUGGCCUUGUCACGCGCGAGGGACGGACUAACCGGACGGCUGGGCUACUCAGCGUAAUCCGUGUUGCGGUGCGUAGGGCAGGCAGGCAGGCAGCUAGCUCAGCCUUGAUGCAGACGACGCACCACCACGAGCACAAUGCACAAAGUAGCAGGACAAAGUUACUGUAGCUGGACACAAAGAAGCAGCCCUUAAUCCACGCCCCUCCAUCAGGAACGACGAGCGAUUUCCGACCUGAGGCUGGAACUGCGCACUGUGAUACACUGCAGCAGCAGAUGAUUUUUGUAUUUUAAUUUAUGCUUCUCUUGUUAGUUUAGCGUUGACGAGAGUAUGCGAGGCUCGGCUUUUAUCCGUCACGCUGGCGAUGCGUCCUGUGUUUUAGUUACUGUAGGGUGGAGGGCCGGCCCGGCGAGCCGUGUAAGUGAGUGUUUAUUGUAGCGAGAUCGACAGCUGCUGUAAUUUUUUUCUCUUUUUUUGUGUAAUGUUAUCAGGGAUAGUAGAGAAGUAGACAAGUAAAUGGUAAAUUGAAUGCGCCGCAAGAAAGGCGCCCGGGUGGGCGCGGACUGCGCGUAUAGUUUCGCCGACUAGAGGCCGAGUAAGGCUGGCUUAGCUGGUGGAAACGAACAAAGAUGGUGGGUGGUGUGUUGCAAAGACGCUAAUGCACACUUCGUUAGAAUACGUUUUUAACCUGUGCGGCUUUUGACUGUUUCUAGGUAUUGCCUCUUUGGGAUACAUGAUUCUUAAGCAGCGGUCCAUGCCCUCGCUUUUGCUCGUCUCCGGGCG